UGUGUUCUCCCCCGCACCCAAUAAACGUCUGCGGCGGCGUUUAUAUCUCUCUUUCUCUCUCUUCUAUCUCUCUCUCUCUAACACUCUGAACACACACUGCAAAAAACUAUAUAAGUAGAGAGAGAAAAAAAAAAUUGCAAAAAAAUGUCUGUGAUUCGGACAACUUUCCUCCACUCCCCGUCGUUCCCGCAUUCGUCGGCUUCAUCUUCCCCGACGAAUUCAAUUUCAGUGAAAUUCACAGUCUCGUGUUGCUCGGUGGCGUCGCCGAUUACGGUGGUGAACGGGAAUGUUGAUAAGAAGCCGUCGGAGAGAAAUCAAGUUCGCCUUGGCUUGCCGAGUAAAGGACGAAUGGCUACCGACACACUUGAUCUUCUCAAGGAUUGUCAAUUGUCGGUGAGGCAAGUGAAUCCACGGCAGUAUGUUGCAGAAAUUCCCCAGAUUUCAAAUUUAGAAGUUUGGUUCCAACGCCCAAAAGAUGUCGUGAGGAAAUUGGUCACUGGAGAUUUGGACCUUGGAAUUGUUGGUUUGGACAUUAUAAUGGAAUACGGACAGGGAAACGAGGAUCUCAUUAUUGUCCACGAUGCUCUUGACUAUGGAGAUUGCCGUUUAUCCCUAGCAAUUCCCAAGUACGGAAUAUUUGAGAAUAUAAAUUCCUUGAAAGAGCUUGCUCAGAUGCCACAGUGGACACCUGAGAGACCUCUACGAGUUGCUACGGGUUUCACAUAUUUGGGUCCUAAGUUUAUGAAAGAGAAUGGAAUGAAUCACGUGGCAUUUUCGACUGCUGAUGGAGCUCUUGAAGCAGCUCCAGCUAUGGGAAUUGCCGACGCUAUUGUAGACCUUGUGAGUAGUGGAACCACAUUGAAAGAGAAUAACCUGAAAGAAAUCGACGGUGGAGUUAUCUUGGAAAGUCAGGCUGUUCUUGUAGCUAGCAGAAGGUCGUUAAUCCAGAGAAAAGGUGUGCUCGACAUAACUCACGAGAUGCUUGAAAGAUUAGAAGCACAUUUAAAGGCUAUGGGUCAGUUCACGGUAACUGCCAACAUGAGGGGAAGCAGUGCAGAGGAAGUAGCUGAGCGAGUCCUAAGCCAACCAUCUUUAGCCGGUUUGCAGGGACCUACUGUAAGCCCAGUCUUUUGUAAGCGUGACGGGAAGGCAUCAGCCGACUAUUUCGCUAUAGUUAUUUGCGUACCGAAGAAAGCACUUUACAAAUCUGUUCAGCAGCUGAGAAUGAUUGGAGGUAGUGGGGUUUUGAUUUCACCACUCACAUACAUAUUCGACGAGGAAACUCCGAGAUGGCGCCAACUUCUUGCCAAUUUGGGCCUAUAAUCAUGUUCCAAUAAAGAGGCCAACUGAAUCUCCGGAAAAAAAAAAAAAAUCGAGAUUUUGAUUCAAUUAUCUUGUUUUAGAUAUGUAGAAUCAUUUGGGGGUGGUUGUAUCAUCCAAAUUGUUUGAUGUUGAAAAACCAUAGGUGCAUUUCAUGGUGAUUGUAUUGUUAGUGUUGUUGCUGUACUUUGAUGUAAGUGAAUUCGAACAAAAUACUGUUUUUUUUUUCUCUCUCCCGAAAUUACAAGCCUUGAAGCAAUGUAGACGACACGAUUUCU